GGGGGUAAAAUCAUUGAUGGAAUUAAAGCCCCGGAGAACUCGAUGCAGUAUAUGGCCUCGUUGCAGAACAACGGAGGUCAUUUCUGUGGAGGAUUCCUCAUCAGUAAGGACUUUUUGCUCACUGCUGCGCACUGCGAUUCCCCGACUCUAUCUCAUGUUGUUCUUGGCACCCACAAUCUCAAGAAGGCUGAUAAAACAGAGCGAAACAUUGCAAUGAAGUGCAAACACCCAUCUUAUCAAAAUGUUGAAACAGGGAAUGACCUCAUGCUCCUCAAACUGUCUAGUGAAGUUCACCUGAGCCAAACAGUAAAAGUUAUCCCGCUUCCUAGCUCUGACAUGAACAUACAAGAAAAUGAAAUGUGCCAUGUAGCUGGAUGGGGUUCAACUAGAACUGACAGAGUUGUUGAUGACCUGAGAAUGGUGGAUGUGUCUAUCAUUAACUGGAACGUCUGUAAAAAGGAAUGGCCUAAACUUUCUGACAAUGCUAUCUGUGCAGGUGGAUAUGGCACAACAAAAGGAUUCUGUCAGGGUGAUUCUGGUGGUCCUCUGGUGUGCCGCGGGGUGGCUGUUGGUGUUGUGUCUUACAACAAAUAUGCCAACUGUAACUACCCAGACGCUCCCAACGUCUAUGUGGAUAUCUCAAAGUUCCUUCCCUGGAUCAACAAGGUUCUCAAGGAAAAGAAUUGUUAAAUGUAACAAGCUUACACAAAGCUUUGCUUCAGCAUACUCUCAUUGUACUUGGGAGCGGUAGUUGUGUCUGAAUUGCUCUGUCAGUGUUUGCUCUUUAAC